GGCCAGACCAAUGGUCAACAAAUGAAAGGAAAUGGUUAUGGUGCACAAGCUGGUGGAUACAGCGGACAGAGAACUAAAGGCAAUGGUUACGGUGCUGCAGCUGGACAGAGGAAUGGAGCCAAACCCAAUGGUAAUGGUGCUGCAGCAGGUGGACUUGGAAUGAAAGGCAAUGGAUAUGGUGUCCAAGCUGGCCCGACCAAUGGACAACAAAUGAAAGGCAAUGGAUAUGGUGUCCAAGCUGGCCCGACCAAUGGACAACAAAUGAAAGGCAAUGGCUAUGGUGCACAGGCGGGUGGAUAUGGUGGACAAGCAACUAAAGGCAACGGUAAUGGCGCAGCAGCAGGUGCACAAAAUGGACAUGGAACCAAAGGCAACGGUCAAGGAGCUGCAGCCGGCCCAUCAAGCUACAAUGGAGCAGGACCAAAUGGAUAUGGUGUCCAAGCUGGCCCGACCAAUGGACAACAAAUGAAAGGCAAUGGCUAUGGUGCACAGGCGGGUGGAUAUGGUGGACAAGCAACUAAAGGCAACGGUAAUGGUGCAGCAGCAGGUGCACAAAAUGGACAUGGAACCAAAGGCAAUGGCUAUGGUGCUGGAUCUGGUCGGCCCAAUGGAAAUGGAGUUAAAACAAAUGGUCAAGGAGCUGCAGCUGGCCCGUCAAGCAACAAUGGAGCAGGACCAAAUGGACAUGGGGCAGGGGGGAGCAAAGCAAUGAAAGCCUAUGGACGACAACCUUAUGGAGCAGGCCAAGGAAUGGGGAUGGGAAGUCUGGGUGUUCCACAGCUUGCAAGAAACCAAGGAUAUGGCGGUAAUGGUUACAAUGGUCAUGGAGCCCGGCCAAUGGGAGGCUACAAUGGUGGUUUUGGGAGUGCUGGUUUGGGUCUGGGACCUCGGUUUGGAAAUGGAGGAAUGAAAGGACCAAAGCAAGGCUAUGGUGCUGCAGCCGGUGCCUCCAAUGGACAAGGUGCAAAAAACAAUGGUUAUGCGGGAGCCAGAGCUCCUAAUGGGAAUGGAGCUUCAACAAAUGGUUAUGGAUACCCCAGUAGUGGAGCUACAAAGCAAACAACACCAGGUUAUGGCAGUUUGCCAAAUGGUUAUGGAGCCAAUCCCAACGGAUAUGGAGCCAGCAGAGGAGGCGCAAUAAGACCCCAACAAGGUUAUGGAAAUGGAGCUUUCUCUAAUGGAUAUGGAGCAAAACCCAAUGGUUAUGGAGCUGGAGCUGGAGCUGGAGCUGGAGCAUCCAAAGGAAAUGGAGCCAAACCCAAUGGUCAUGGAAUUGGAAAUGGUGCUGCACUCGGUGGAUAUGGAGGACCGCUCAAUGGAUUCGGUGUUCCAAGCACAGGCUCAAAACCUCAGAAUAACAAAGGAGUUGGAGCAGUGUCGCCAGGGGAAGGGGCUAAAUCACUCGGAAAUGGCUAUGGUGGACCUGCUGGUGUACCUAAUGGACAGUUGGCCAAGGUUGCUAAUACUGGUUACGGCAUGAUGCCUUAUGGGAAAGGUUUAAAGAAUGCAGGUGCGACCAAUGGAAAGGGCCUCAAAGGUGAAGUUCUCUCUCCUGAGCAGCCGAGUGCUGCACCAGAGGAGGAAGUUGCCCCUCAACAAGCAAUAACUCAGGAUGCAGCACCCGUCCCCCCUGAGCCCACCAGCGGUAUCUUAGUGAUGGUGACACAAGACAAACAUCAGAUGCUGCCCUCACCUGUGCCUCAGGGGAAAAGCUACAAAUACGCACCACUGAUCCCUCUGGCUACACAAGAACCAGCACCAGUGAUUCCUCUUUACACAGAGCCUGCACCUGAAGCCACGCCUGAAGCAGCACCCAAAGGUCCUAAGAUAGUAACAUCUGGACCUGCGCCAGUGGAUCCCCAGACUGACCCAGCAGCACCAGAGCCAAAAGCAGUCGUCCCUGAAGAGAAUGGAGGAGUACCUACCAUGUCCAAGGGACAGGGAGCUAAACCAGCAAACCCUGACUGUGGACCAUCGGGGGUGCCUAAUGGACAAUGGAUGAAGAUACCUCGACCUGGUUAUAAUGGCGGUGCGGGAGCUUCUGCUGGCACAAACACCAAAGGUUAUGGAGCAGGAGCUGGUGUUCCCAAUGGAUAUGGUUCUAAACCCAAUGGGUAUGGUGCGAGUGCAGGGGGGUAUUUAAAUGGAGGAGGAGCCAAAGCAAACAAACCAAGUUACGGAGCAGGAGGCUCCACUGCCCCUGGACUGAACAAUGGAUAUGGAGCUGGACUUGGUUAUCCUUAUGCAGGGAAACCUCAGAUACCAAGUUAUGGACAAGGAGCAUACCUAGGAGCUGGAUAUGGAAAUGGAAAUCCUCAUGGAGGAUAUGGGAAUGGCUAUGGUGCCGGUGUGCAGCCAGAUUUAGCCAGUCUUGGGCAAGGUGCAUCUACUGCUAAUGGUAAAUCAGGUGCCAAGCAAAGUCCUUAUAGUGGAGCCCCAGUGAUUCCUGCUGGACUAGAUGGAAUGAGUCAGUUGGAGCCUCAGUCUGCUGGCUUCGGUCCAGGUGGAAAAAGUGGCAGCAUGUAUGGUGGGAUGGGUGGCUUGCAUAACGUAGGUCAGCCCCUGGGAAUGGGUGCAAAGAAAUCAAACGCUAAGUAUGGCAUUGGUGGGUUGCAGUUUGGUGGGCAGCCGCUCAGUAGAGGGACAAACGGUGGUGGAAGUUAUGGAUAUGGUGGAGGCCCCUAUCAACCUGCUGGUAACGGCAAAUCGUCUGGAAAAUAUGGUGGUCAGGGUGCCGGCAUGGGAGGGAAUCCUGCAUCAGGAAAAUAUGCAUAUGGUGGACUCUCUAAUGGUGGGCAGCUUCUUGGUCAUGGAAGUAAUGGACAUACAGCCGGCAAAUAUGGUUAUGGAAGAAUGCCCUAUGAAGCUCACCCAGCAAGACUGAGCCCUGAAACUAAAUCCAGUGGCCAAUAUGCACCAGCUGCAGCACAGUAUCAGCCUACACCUCUUGGACUUGGACAGAAUGGAAAAUUAACAGGCAGUUAUGGUGGUGGUGAAGUUCCAUACGCACCUCAAGCUCUCGGUUUUCAGGGUCAGGCGAAAUCUUCGAUGAAAUACGCAGGUAACCAAGGACCAUACCAGUCACAACCUCUUGAAGCUGCACCCGAAGCCAUACCUGGUGGAGAAUAUGAGACAGCUGGUUUGUCAUAUGAGCCCCUGCCUGUGGAGCCAGAUUCAGCCAGGAAAUCCUUCUUGAAAGGAGAGGUACCUACUCCAGGAGUUGCAGUUGAAGGCGAGGGGAUGUCCAUUGAUAGAUAUGAAAACGUGGGCUAUAUAAAUGGUCAAGUGCAGCCAGAAGUUGUGAAUUUCCCAGCAGUCCCUACUCCCGGCCCCACCCUGGCUUACCCCUCUGCUCCAUCCUAUCUGCCUGUGGAGUCCUCCUUCACACCUGAUGUUUUAACCGGACUGAAUGUUGAGGACUUACCUGAUCCUGUAGGAACUACCAGCCUCGCCUUUGACUCCGCACCUUCCACAGAAACGCAGGGCGAGGUUCAGGUGCCUGAACAACCUGAUGAUCAACAGCAGCUCCCACGUCAGAUACACAUCCAGCAGCAUCUCAAACUGCAUUUUCACCAACAAAGCAAGCCAGGAGCAAAGAAUGGCAAAUAUGACUUGAAUGGCUUCUUUGGGAAUGGUGGCUAUCAAGGUUAACCUUGCUGACAACGACAAGUAUUACCUGCCGUUGUAUAUUUAUAUAUAUAUGUUUAUUAAUUAUAUUCUUUUUUGUCUGAGAAAUAAAUAGUCCUUGUAUUUGUGUUGGUUUGUAAAGAUGAAACAACAUUUAUAAUAAGCAUUAAGAUUUUUUUUUAUGCUGUUUGUUUUUUAUGCGUCCUGCACUUAUUGUUUACUGUACAUUCAAUCAUUCAUAACAGAGAUGGAGUCAGUGCUUUUGAUUGAACCUUUGCCUCAUGUUGUCAACUCAAAAUAAUCCUGUAAAAUGCAAAUCAGUCUAAUUUAUUAUGCAUGGGAAAUAGUUUUUUACUAAUUGUAGCAAGCAUCUGUUUAUUGUUGUACAGAAGUUGAGUUAAUAAAAUAAUCAUGAAUACAAA